AUGAGACCUGGCGAAAGAACUAGUACAUCUCCUUCGAGAGUUAAAGUAACAAUUCCAAUCUUUAGUGGUGACCCAUUACAGUAUCCUAUCUGGCACAGCUCUUUCAAAGCUCACGUUGAUGUAAAGGACUGGGAUGCAGAUACAAAACUGAAUCUUCUCAACCAAUACGUUUCUGGAGGACCCAAGCAAGUCGUGGAGCACUACCUACUUAUUGGCACUGAGGAUGCCUAUGUUAAAGCUAAAUCGGUGCUGCACRAAAGGUAUGGCAACCCAAAUGUCGUAAGUUCGGCAUUCCUGAAUAAAGGAGACAGCAAGUGUACUAGCGUGUGCGGCAUCAAGCAUCAGUAUGGAACUUACAACAGUAUGAUUGUUCCGGUUUGGGUACGACCUCAAGCGGACCCAUCCAAGGAGAUUCUUCAAUACGCAGUGCUGGAUGAUCAGUCGAACGUCAGUUUUAUCUCCAGAAGUUUGUAUAACCGCCUAGGCCUUCAGGGAACUCCUGCAACRUUGUGUUUAACGACUAUGCAAGACGCCGAUGUACCCGAAGAAACCAAUCGAGUCAGUGGAGUGGAAGUGCUUGAUUAUUACAAGGAGCAUAUUAUCAAGCUGCCUACCCKGUACACCUGGAAGAAAAUAUCAGCUGAUACCUCUCAGAUCCCUAAACCUGAGGUUGCUCUAGAAUGGGACCAUCUUGUAAAGAUCGCUGAAGAUAUCAUCCCUUACCAACCAGGUGUUGAGAUAUCUCUACUCAUAGGAAGUAACYGUCCGCAAGCCAUCCGCCCUCGAGAGAUAUGUGCGGGAGGUGAGGACGAGCCCUAUGGUCAGAGGUCCUUGCUUGGUUGGGGCAUAGUUGGUCAAGUCUGUAAGUCAAGACAAGAAAUCCAAGGUAAAGUGUGCAACAAGAUCUCUCAGAUGCGCAGUCACUUCGUAGUGCCUCCUAAGGCGAAAGAAGUUGUUGCAACCGACGUAYUGAAAGUGCUGGAGGCCGACUUCCAACAAACAAGUACAAGGUCAAAACCCCUCUCGGUUGAAGACAGAAGGUUCCUGCGACUACUGGAAGAUGGGAUAUGUAAACUUGACAACGGACAUUAUCAAAUGCCACUUCCUCUUAGGACAGAAGGAAUUAGUCUUCCUUAUAACCGCCCUCUAGCAGAAAGGAGAUGGAGACAGCUCAACUCAAGAUUUAAGAAGAAUCCACAGUUCCUAGAAGACUACAAGGAGUUCAUGAAGGACGUCAUCCUCUCAUGUGCAGAAAAGGUCCCCAAAGAACGUCUCAACGUUCGAGACGGAAGGGUCAACUAUGUUCCUCAUACAGGCGUGUAUAAUGCAAGGAAGCCUGGACAGAUAAGAGUAGUUUUUGACUGCUCGGCACGUUACGAGGGAGUUUCUCUCAACGAUUGUCUGCUCCAAGGCCCAGACCAGCUGAAUGGUCUAUUGGGUGUGCUAUGCCGUUUUCGAGAAGAGAAAGUCGCGUUCACCAUGGACAUCAAGGGAAUGUUCCACCAGUUUUUUGUGUCAGAGCAACACAGGGACCUGCUAAGGUUCCUUUGGUGGGAAGAUGCAAACCAAGAGAAAGAAGUCACUGAGUACAGAAUGAAGGUGCAUUUAUUUGGUGCCGCAAGUUCCCCUGGUUGCGCCAAUUUCGGCCUAAGGAGAGCAGCAGAUGAUGGUGAAGAGGAGUUCGGAUCUGAGGCAGCAACACUCAUUCGAGAAGACUUCUAUGUAGACGACUGCCUCAAGUCGACCCCUACAGCACAAGAUGCCGUGAAGCUGAUUAAGUCAUGCCAAGSAGUAUGCGCCAAAGCAGGCKUGCGCUUGCACAAGAUCACUAGCAACAAUAAGGAAGUUCUACAGGCUGUUCCUGCGGAAGAUCGUACAAAGAACACUAGAGAAAUCGACUUGAAGGUCGACCCUUUACCUAUCAAACGAGCUUUGGGUGUAGUGUGGUGCGUGGAAGAUGAUACCUUCCAAUUCCGCAUUGAACUAAAAGAUAGGCCAUUUACGCGUCGCGGUGUGUUGUCAACUGUGUGUUCGAUCUACGAUCCAAUUGGCUACGUAGCCCCGGUUAUCCUAGAAGGAAAGAAGAUUCUUCAACAGAUGUGCAGGGAUAGGCUAGACUGGGACAGUCCUAUUCCAGAAUCACUGCGACCAUCGUGGGAAAAGUGGCGUACCGAGAUAACAGAUCUAGAAAGCUUGAAGGUACCAAGAUGCUUCAAGCCAGMCGGCUUUGACGAGAUAAAGUCAGUAGAAGUCCAUCACUUCAGUGAUGCUAGCGUAGAGGGAUAUGGACAGUGCUCAUACCUUCGAACUGUUAAUCAAGAGAACCAUGCUCAUUGUUYUUUCAUAGUGGGUAAAGCGAGAGUCACGCCGUUAAAGCAAAACACUAUUCCGAGACUAGAGUUGGCAGCAGCAACAACAUCUGCMAGGAUGGGUGAAUUCCUGCGUGCUGAGUUGUCUUACCCAAAGCUAGAUGAAUACUACUGGACUGACAGCAGAGUCGUCCUUGGUUACGUGAAAAAUGAAGCACGAAGAUUCCAUGUUUAUGUGGCAAAUCGAGUUCAGCAGAUUAGAGAGAAGACUGACCCCAACGCUUGGAUGUACGUGGAAACGAGUCAGAACCCCGCAGAUGACGCCUCACGUGGUUUGACAGCUCGUCAGCUGCUGAACGGUUCACGCUGGUUGACAGGGCCUAAGUUCCUGUGGGAAGACGGUCCCUUUAAAGUUAAGCAAACAGAAGAUCRCCCGAUAAGUGAAUCGGAUCCCGAGGUAAAGCAAGGAAAGGUUCUCUUAACCAAGACACAAGACCCACCAAGCCACCUGGAACUGAACAGACUGAGUCACAUUUCAUCAUGGUUUAAAGCAAAGAAGGUUGUCGCCUUGUGUCUCCAGCUGUUGGCCAAGAUCCAAAGCCGAAGGAUAAAGAAUGAUAAUGAGGCCAAAGAAGAUGUCUCAAAAGCACUACGAACAACAUCGAURACCCCGUUACUUCUUAAAGAAGCGGAGAAAGUGAUCAUCAGAAGUGUUCAACGUGAAUACUUCCCAGAAGAACUCGGAGCCUUGAGUAACCUGAGUAGAUGSAGUGGUGAAACAGAGAGGAGUCUUAUAAAGAGGAAAAAGACAGUCCUGCGGAAGUCAAAGUUCCAUUUAUAA